AGUAUUCUGUCUUCUCUGCCCUUCUGUGCUGCUGCAGCCCCCCCCCCCUUCUUCUUCUCUCUACGAUUCUCUCUCUUUCCCCUUACUCAUCUGUUUCUGUAGCUGCGCUGAGAGGAAGGGCACCUGCCGCUCCCUGAUGAUUCAGCCUUUCAGCUUCGUGGAGCUCUUCUCAGACAGCAUGUCCCUCUUUCCUCUGCAGUGGCUGGCCGUCCCGUCUUCUGCUCUUCAUCCUCUGCUCUUCAUCCUCUGCACUACAUCCUCACCUCCACACAGACUCUAAAGUGCUCAGAUUUCCUGUGGGACAGCAUGAGUGAGGAACUUGUGCGCAGAAGGCUGUCUUCCUACCUCCCAGACUGUUAACAAGCUCACUCUUCAGACCUUACUGCCGCCUCAUGAUGGAAAACAUAGUCGAGGAGACCGGUGGCAGACACUGUGAUGCUCUGAGUUAAUAGUGUAGGUGUUCAGAGACCCAGAAGGAUGACCGAGGGAAUGGAGGACAUCUCUCCCCCUCCUGGACAGGCCUCCCCCACCAGCUCUACUGUUGACACUGGACAAGUCCCCGAGGAGAAACCAGAGGAGAAACCAGAGGAGACGGAGGCAGCUGGCGAGGGUGGGGAGGGUGCAGAGGGUGAUGGGGAACAUGUGGGGGCUUUGGGAGUCGUGGCCUUGCCUGGAACCUGCUGUGUGUGCAUAGAGAUGGAACGGAUUAACAAUUGUCUGCACUCGGAGAAAAUCUGCAUCCUUCCCAUCCUGGCCUGUCUGCUGAGUUUAGCCCUCUGCACCGCCGGCCUCAAAUGGGUCUUUGUGGAUAAGAUCUUUGAGUACGAACCCCCCACACACUUAGAUCCCAAACCCAUCGGACAGGACCCCAUCAUCAUAUCUGUGACCCCCACGCUGGGACUGACUGUGUCCACCCCUCACUCGCCGUCUAUGUCUUUUGUCUCCUUGACCACGGCCAUUACCUCGGGACGUCCUGACGUUUCAAUGGAGGAGAAAUCCACUCGAGGGCCGUACGUUUCCCCUCGAGUGACUCACGCUGAUGCCUCUGUGACUCUGAAAUACAACGCAGAGCGGCCCACCCUCCCAAAGCUGACUCCCCUCCCUCGGACAACACAGGAGAGAAACGACAUCUUCAUCCCAACUAAAUCUGCCGGCUCCACCACCACGACAGCAAAGACCUCCAGUCAUGUGACCCGCUGCAGUGACAAGCAGAGGAACUACUGUGUGAACGGAGGGAAGUGCUUCACCCUUGAGAUCAUUCCCGGCAGCACAAAGUUUCUUUGCAGGUGUCCAAAUGAAUUUACUGGUGAUCGCUGCCAAAACUAUGUAAUGGCCAGCUUUUACAAACAUCUUGGGAUUGAUUUUAUGGAAACGGAGGAGCUGUAUCAGAAACGCAUUAUAACAAUAACAGGGAUCUGCAUUGCACUCCUAGUCGUUGGAAUCAUGUGUGUGGUUGCCUACUGCAAAACAAAGAAGCGGAGGAAGGAGCUCCACGACCGUGUGAGGCAGAGUCUGAGGAAAAAGAGAAACAACAAUAGCAAUAAAGGUGUCGAUCCCAACAUGGCAAGUUCAGCCAGAGGAGGUCCGACUUCUAUCUUGCCUCUUCAGGAUUUGCAGCUCAUCAAUCAAAGUAAAGGGAUGACUGCGCAGCAUGCAGCCGAGGGGGAAACAGAAACUACCUUCCCCACAAGCCAAAACGCUUUAUCUGCGCAUGAACCCACCACAUUCACCAACAUCUCUAGCCAAAGGUUUGUAUCUGACAGAACCCAGAUGUCUCCGGGGUGUCGCUCCUCUCCUGCGACUCCAGGGUCUCCCCCGUCGGAGAUGUCAGCCCCUCUCUCCAGCCUCGCCAUCUCCGUCCCCUCGGUGGCUCUAAGCCCCUCAGGUGAGGAGGAGCGCCCCCUGCUGUUAUCUAACAAACGUCAGUCCAUGAGCCGAGAUGAACAGAAGAGGAACUCUGCGCAUUACAACCACGGCCACGAGGCACACAGCUUACCACCGAGUCCUCUGCUCACUAUGGAGAACGGUUACUACCAAGUCAUAGGAGAGCAUGACGCCACAGCUGUCGGCCAUUUGUUCUCAGCGUCACCUGAGGACAAAACAAACAACAACAACGACAGCUGUGGCACCAAAAGAGCGGCUGAUGGCCAUGUGCUGCGUAAUGUGGAGUCCAGUGGGGACAGCAUGCUAGUGAUCGAUUCUGAGGAGGAACACACACCCUUCUUCACCACCAAUAGCACUACGGCCCUGUUGCUCAGGGCGAUGGACAGCAGCAGGACUAACCCAGCAUUACCAAAUGAUGACCUGCUAGAAAAGCCGUCCAGUUUCACCGUCAAACCAGAUCCAGUUGCUGUACAAGGUUAAAAGAAAUGCUGUUGAGGGUAAAAAAAAAAGGAAAAAGUCACUAUUAAACCUUUAUUUUCUAUACAUUAUUUGCUGUGUAAAGACUUUUAAAGAUAAAUGAAACUUUUAUUUUAGUGAUGUAGUAAAUAAAGAGUUUUAUAACAAAAAAAAAACGUACACAUUUCUCGUAGGUGAUGUGCCAUACACUAGUAUGUAGCAACAGUUGACAGUAUAUUUCAGUGCAGAAAAAAUAUCAAUGGUGCCUUUCUGUUUAGUAUGCUUAAAGGGAACUGCAGCAUUGCAUACUGGGCCAUAUAUAUUCAUCAUCUUAAUCUCCAGUUAUCAAUCAAGAGUAAAAUCGCUGGCUGCUUUUAACGUGCUGCAGAUGGACUGACACCACAGAUUUUUUUGAUUUGACGUUUUCUACGAGGUGCAUGUUACUUCCUUAAAUGCUGUGAUGGAAUAAUGAUGGCUUCCCUUUGACCUGAUACUGAACUCCAACACCUGAACUGAUGUUAAUGAAUGAAUGAAUGAUUAAUCAGCUCAUUACCUGCAUUUGAUGAGAGAUUGAAAAGAUGGGUUUUAUUUCCUGCUGAUUAUUUACAACUGUUAGAAAAAGGUGCAAUCACUAAAGUCUGGUUCUGUAGUGUUACUAAUACUGUCACUUAUAUUCCUAACAUAACCCAGUAGAUUUUACUUUUUUGUUGAAUGUUAUAUUAGGGUUUGAUCUGCGCAUUUCAAGUUUACUAUUAUGUUAAAGGGUACUGCACUGGUCGAGUAAAAGAUACAAAAACACAGAAAUAAUGGUUAUUUCCACACCAAAUAAAUACAGUGGUGCAGUGAUGACCUGGAAGUUAGCAUCACAUAUAGGGCUUCCUCCACAAUGCAUUGGGAUUUUUCCAUUGGAUUUUGGUAUAUUGCAGAAAAAUAAGCUCUGUGGCAAACACACGUUUUGUUCAGCAGGAUAAUCUCCACAUAUUAACCCCACUUUGGGAUCGAAGUGUAAAUGCUAACUAAAAAGCUAAUGCUAGGCUAAUGUCGUCGGGAUGUUUUCGAAGUGUAAAUGCUAACUAAAAAGCUAAUGCUAGGCUAAUGUCGUCGGGAUGUUUUCGAAGUGUAAAUGCUAACUAAAAAGCUAAUGCUAGGCUAAUGUCGUCGGGAUUUUUUCGAAGUGUAAAUGCUAACUAAAAAGCUAAUGCUAGGCUAAUACCGAACGACAACAUGGUGGCGCACUACCAUCGCUAAGCUAAUGGCGGCUAACGUUUGGCAUGUUUAGUAGUCUCUUUUAGCCAAUUUUUGUGACAAAUCAAAACUUUGGACAUUUAAGGAGUGCAGUAUUUACUGGCAUAUUGGAUGUCGUAGAACAAAAUGUGAACAUCUCUUUUACCACAGAUCUUAUUUCAGUCACAAUACCACAAACAUUUUCGAAAAACCGUCGACUUAAAUGUAUUCUCUGGGUGUGAGGACUUGUUUCUGCACCACUCUAUACCCUGACUUUAAUCCAGAGUAUGAGCCAUGGUCAUUUGUGCAUCCUACAUUUCGCCAAACGCUUGAUAGUAUCUCCAUGCUGGCUGGUCCCCAUAUCUUCACAGAGCGUCUCAGAUCAGAUGGUGCCUUCAAAAGAAAAAAACUACUGGAAAUAAGGCCAGCCAUGCUAUAUUUCUUAAAGAGACAACUCCAGAUACGUGUGCCUUUCAUCACCAGUAGGAUAUUAUCGAUUGCAUCUUUAAAUGCAACAAUAUCUGCAAAGUGUGCACUGAAUGGAAGACAGGAUAUAGCCUGAAGACAUCCAUGUGUUUCUGAGUAAUGCAUUUGGGCGACUGCUAAAUAUACAAAUCAUGGUUUACUGCUUUAAUUGUCUCUGUUAUGAUAGGCAUUUGUUUUCCUAAAUUCAACUUAGAUUAUAAUUAUAUUUUGAACCCCAAGCUUGUGUUCAAAUGUGCAAUGGUGUCCUUAUCAUAUACGACAUUAUUAACAACACAAUGCCUGCUAACAAGAACAUAGUUUAUAAGAAUCUGCUAAAGAUUUACACAAAAAACGUACAAUUAUCAGGCUCUGUAACCAUGGUUUGUUAAACUGUAUUCAUGUAGAUCGGCAGUCAGUAGCAUAUGAGAACGUAUGAUGACAGAGACGUGCUGCUAAGUGUUUUAAUGCCAUGCUCCUGUGUUUUUAUUUUGCAUUAAGAUUGUUUAUUAUUUAUUUAUUGAUUCAUGCUCAUUGAAAGCGUUAAUUACUUGUUUAAGUUUAUGCAUUUGUAUUUAAAAUAUGAAGCCAUCCGUCACAUGGUCAUCAAUAUGAAAUGAAAUUAACUUAUUUGCAUUUUUUGUCACGUGUAUGCUUUACAUAACUCAACGCAUUGCUUUUAGGUUUAGGACUGUCUUCGAACGAUGUAAAUACACCAUGAAAACCUUCUGCGCUGUUGUUUCUUAUUAAAAAUAUUAAAUCAGCUCUGUGUUUUG